AUGCGUUCAAGUAAUGGUAGCGAUCUUAUGAACAUAAGUUUAUUUCGCCGCCGUCAAUAUGAAACAUGCGUUGAAGUGACUACUCGCCUACUUGCGAAGAAUCCAAACGAUCAAGCGGCAUGGCUACUCAAAAUGCGUGCAUUGACUGAACAAUUGUAUGUUGAUGAAACAGAAGUGGCUGAUGAUGGUCUUGCAGAGAUGUUAGACGAAAAUGCAUUUCAUCAAGCGCCGAUGCCUGGUACAUCAAUGCGGCAGCCUACAGCAAAUCCAAAUUCGGGAAUGAAUGGACCCAGUCCAGCGAUGCGACCAAUGACAAUGACUGGAAGGCCGAUAACGGGCAUGCUGCGAUUGAACACUCAAUCGACACAAGGUGGUAAAAGUAUGGAACAUGUUUUAAAGACUGCUCGAACGGCCGCCACAGCACGGCCUGUCACAACCGCCACAGGUCGUUUUGUUCGACUUGGAACAGCAUCGAUGCUGAGUACACCUGAUGGUCCUUUCAUUCAAGUAGGUCGAUUAAAUCUGCCUAAAUAUGCACAAAAUCAAGCGUUAGCUCGAUCACUCUUUGAACAUUUGUUUCAUCAUGCCAACGAUGUUCGAACGGCUCAACAACUAGCCAUUCAUGCGAAUGAAUAUACGCAAAAUAAAGACUGGUGGUGGUUAGUGCAAAUUGGUAAAUGUUACCACCGAUUGGACAUGUUUCGUGAUAGUGAAAAACAUUACAUUCUAUCAUUGGAAGUUCAGCCAAUGGUUGAUACUUAUCUAUACUUAGCCAAAGUGUAUCUUCGUUUGGAUCAACCAUUACUGGCCAUUAGUAAAUUACGAGAAGGAUUAGAAAAGUUCUCGCAUGAACCGUGUCUAGUCCAAGCAAUUGCACGUAUUCAUGAGGGUUUAAACGAUAUGACGCAAAGUAUCGACUACUAUCGGCAAGUUUUGAAAUUAGACAAUACAAAUAUUGAAGCCAUAGCAUGCAUUGCUGCCAAUCAUUUUUACCACGAUCAACCGGAAAUUUCAUUGAAAUUCUAUCGGCGCCUUUUACAAAUGGGUGUGACCACUUCAGCUGUGCUUUGCAAUAUUGCCUUAUGUUGUUUUCAUGCUCAACAAUACGACAUGAUCGUGGCCUGCUUUUUAAAAGCCUUAGCUGUUGCCACAGUUGACGAAGACCGAGCUGAAAUCUGGUACAAUAUCGGUGAAAUGGCCUUAUACACAUCAGAUAUUCAAUUAGCAAUCCAAUGUUUCCGUUUAGCACUUGUUUACAACAAUGAUCACGCCGAAGCGUAUAAUAAUCUAGGUCUAGUAGAAAUCCAACGAGACAAUCAUGAAAUCGGUCGAGCUUAUCUACAAACAGCUCAAAGUCUUGCACCACACAUGUUCGAACCGUACUAUAAUUACGGUAAAUCGAUGUAUCAGCAAGGUGAUUUACAAAGUAGUUUCCGUGCAAUAAAAAGUUCACUGGAUAUUUAUAAGAAGCAUUCCGAUUCGAAGCAUAUUUAUGACGAAUUGAAACAGAUGUUUGCAGAGCUUUGA